AGCCUCCUGGGAGAUGUAGUUCUCGUCCUUCCACUUCCCCUUCCGCGAGGCCGCUGCAGGCUGAGCCGGGACCGCGAUUCCCAGAGGCCUCCGGGCCCGGAGGCCACGCCCCUCCCGGCGAGCGUCCCGACCCAGGUGCCGGCCAGGAUGCUCGCGCCGUCGGGUACGUGGCCGUGUGGCCUGUCGCGUCCGGAGUGCCGUCCCUUCGGCAGCCCUGGCACCAAGAGAGGACGCGAGGCAGGCGCCGGCGCCCCGCAGCUCGAGCCGCGCAUCCGCGUGUGGACGCGAAGGCCAAGGGCGUCUCGGCCGGCCGGGCAGUCGCUGCGCGGGCCGCCGCCCGGGGUCGCCGACCGCCGCGGGUCCCGGGAGGCCGGGGGUAUUGAAAGAGCAGCCAAAGCCACCAGCGACGGGGGGUCGAGAAGGAGGGGGUCGUUCCAGGCUGUGGAACGGAAGCAGAGCCAGGUUGGGUGCCCCGUCUACACCUCCAGAGGUCCCUGUAGGUACGGUGUUGGGAGUGCAGGAGCACGAAGGAAACCCGAGAAGGAAGUGGAGGGCCCUGGCAGCCCGCAUGGACCCGCACAGGCCACUCAGGCAAGGCUCGAACCACAGAUGGAUCCAAGGCUUGACAAUACCCCUCCUGCUGUCCGUGGGAUGCGACGGGCAGGGCAGGAGCUUGGCCAGGGAGGGAAGCGGCCCCCAGCAGCGGGCCGCCCGGGCUUCCAUGUUUUCACCUGGCCACUUUUCCGUGUCACAACCUGCACAACAGCUGGCCACCUUCGGCCAUUCUUCCUUCCAUAGUCUGUGCGAGCAAUAAAUGGAAUCUAGAAAGGGCUCGCGACUUCCUUAGUAGCACCUCUGUCAGCCUGUGCUGGACAGAAUGGAAGGAAAAUGAGGCAAAAGGGGGUUGGUGGGGGGGAGGGCAGGGCCCACCCGAUUUGGGGAGCGAACCACAGAUCUCCCCUUGCCCGGGGCCAAAUUCUCUUUUCUGCCCCUUGUCUCCUCCAAGGCUUGAUCGAGCCCCUGGAGGUUUGCCCACUUCUCCUUCAGGAUGUUGUAUCCAGAUCUGCCCCAGUCAUUCCACCCGGAGAAACUCCGGUUGGAAGGAGCUCUCAAAUGGACCAGCAAAUUCUAGAGGACCGGAGCUGCCCCAACACUGUAUUAUGGAAAUUUCCAGCGGUACCGUUGACAUCUUCCUCGACUUUUAUCACAUCUGGGCAGCCAUCCGUUAAUCCAUUUUUAUUCUUGUUGCCUUCAGAGUAAAUUCCCCUCCAACAUUAACUAGCAUCCGUUAUUCACAGUCUUUUCCUUUGGAUCCAAAACUUACAAUGAAGUGCCCUGCUUGUAAGGGACCAUCUGCUGAGUUUUGACACAUCUGUACAGUUUUGUAACUCAGACCCUACUGAGAUACCGGUAAGAAAGUUCUCUCAUGCUCCUCAGACAGUCCCCACUCCCACCCAGAGGCAACCAGUCAGUACCCUGCCUAGCAAUACUGGAGCACAAAGCAAAAGGAAAAAUCAAAUUUGUGCUUAAUUUUUUUUGCAGAACAAUAAAGUAGGUGAAAAGC